AUGCGAGCCAUUGAAGUGGUGGCCGACCUUCGAGCCCUAAACCAAUGGGCCCAGGAGUCUCGCAUCGCGUCCGAAGCGGAAGACCCACGCCGUGCGCCGCACUCCGCGCGCAGCACCAACAGCGAGCAUUUGGGCAGUGAAUUUGGACGUCCAAGUUCCUCGGAACGAUCGGAACGAGGAUUGUCCAAGAGUCUGCCACUGAGUCAGCUGAGUCAGGAGAGGGCUUCGGUUGCCAGGAGCUCCACCACAACCUCAGACAGGAUCUCAGAAGUGUUCAGAGGAGUUCGAAGUUCUUCUAGGUUGGCCGAGUCAGACAUUGCUGAACGGAGCAGAGAUAUCUCCCGUAGCAGCACCAGGAAAAGCACGUUGGAGUUGCCCCGUUCCAGCAAUCGGCCUAGCACCUCCCCGACCUCCCCUUCCCGCCCAUCGGCGUUGACAGACAUGCCUGCAUUGCCUGCAUCGGAUCCCCUUAGUAGCCUUCCUAAGCUCCUGCGCCAGAUCUCAGCAGCAACGGACGAUUCCCAAGCUCCCAGCGGUCCCAGCGGUUUUGAUUUGGCGCUGCAAGAUGCGAUAAGCUCAACGAGCCGUGCAACGGCCACCUAUGCCAACAAUCAAUUAGUCUUGGUACCUCAAGACUGCGCAGCGCGGCAAACGCCGAAGAUGCGCAAACUGUGGCUGGGACUUGUGCUGCAUUCUGCUUUGCUGAUUGGGAAAGCAGAUCUACUGCGAACUCAUCCCUGGUUACAAGAGCUGCAAAGAGCCGCUGAAAGCGGCUUCAGCGGCUCUGUGCCAGGCUCACCGGUGAACCGGUUGCAACCUCCACAGGCCGCUUCGAUGCCAAGCUUGCCGCCACUGGAUUUCCAGCGCUGA